ACCGUGAAACACGUGCCUGUGUGAUUUUUGUCCUUAGCGACAUCUAUGAAGUCUUUUUUCUAGGCCAUAAAAAAUCUUGUAUUCUGUACUUGUUUGAUCUGAAAAAUAGUCAGUAGAGUUUUUCGAAAAUGGACAGCUUUCUUGGCCUUCUCAGAAUCCGGGUGAAACGCGGCGUAAAUCUUGCCGUUCGCGACCUUGGCUCCAGUGAUCCUUAUGUUGUCAUCACCAUGGGAAACCAGAAAUUGAAGACUCGAGUGGUGAAAAAAAACUGCAAUCCAGUGUGGAAUGAGGAGCUUACUCUUUCAAUUACAGAUCUCAAUGUUCCAAUCAAUUUAACAGUUUUUGACAAAGACACGUUCACUGUGGAUGACAAAAUGGGUGAAGCAGGCAUAGACAUCCAACCAUAUAUCGCAAGUCUAAAGAUGGGCCUACAAAAUCUCCCGAAAGGUUGUGUGGUCUCAAGAGUUCAGCCAAGCCAGAACAACUGCCUUGCUGAUGAGAGCUGCAUUGUUUGGGAUGAUGGAAAACUCCUCCAAGACAUGGUUCUCAGACUAAGAAAUGUAGAGUCUGGUGAAGUUAUGAUUCAAAUCGAGUGGAUUGAUGUUCCAGGUUGUCGAGGAUUGAAAACUGAAGGUACGGGCUAAUGUGCUUGCAAGAUGUAUUGUUACAUGUAAUGUAAAUUUCAAGCUGCCUGAACUGAGUUUAAAUUAUUGUACUAUCCGUAACAAGCAACAAGAGUUAAACUAUGCUGAUAUUGAGGCGGGCUUGGCUAUUAUCAUGCGGAAUGAUGUAAAAGGAUUUAUAUAACCGACCCCAGCUAGUUUGGGAUUAAGGUUUUGUUACUGUGGCAAUAGUUGCUGUUGUUGAAUAAGCAACAAGUGAUCUGUGGAUUCUGCAGUGACA